AGCGGGCAUUCACACUACGGCUCACUUGACUUCAUUUAUCCCACUGGAGACUGCCCUAAGCGCAGUGCUUUUAUACCGCACGCACACGUCAGGCAACGCGAUGAGUUUAGACGUGAAGAAACUGAAAGUAAACGAGCUGAAGGAUGAGCUCCAGCACCGCGGCCUGGAACCCAAAGGCCUGAAGGUGGACCUGGUGGAGCGACUCAAGGCGGCGUUGCAGGAGGAAGGCCUGGCCGAGUCACCCGGCAGCGGAGGAGACGAUGACGACGACUUCCCAGAUGAUAGGGACGAAACGCAAGAGCAACAAGCAGAGUCCUUUGCUCAAGGCGACGGUGACACGCUGUUUGAGGAAGAUGAAGACAGAGAUUUGGGCGGGUAUGACGAAGAAGAGGAGGCUGAGCCUGACGCCGAAUGCGAGCUGUACGAGAGUCGGCCGGUGACGGAUUCCGAUCACAGCGUGCCAUACUUUAGCCCCGACACCAGCCUCCCCCAAACCGCCGCCAUCACAGAGGCAGUCGUCAAAUUUGAACUGGAGAAGGAGGAAAAUUAUGCUGUCAUACAAGAAAUAAAAGAGGAGAUUAAAAUUGAGGACACCCCGGAGGCGGCCGGAAACGUUGGGCGAGAGGCCCGUGGAGGAGAGUCGAAACGCGGACAAAAUGGCGGCAGUCUUGGAGAACAGGUGGUGAAGUCCAACAGAAGCGGACACCAUUGCAGAAAGCGAUCAUGCGAGGAGAGCAAGGGCUACAACUACUAUGAGCAUCGUGAGGAGAAGAGAUCGCGCACCCUGCAGGGAUCCCACUCGAGUUGCCAGUCUGAAGAUGAAAGUCCGGCAUCAAGCAGAGAUACCACUCCCGUUCCUGUUAGCAGUGAUGAGGAAGGUCAGGCAUGGAGCAGAGAUGAUGGGGAAUAUUGUGACUGGUAUGAAACCGACUGGCAUCCAAAUAAAUUCUGCUUCACUGCAACCCCUGGACCCCGGAGUGCUGCCACAGAGCUGGAUUCCAAGCUGCCAGCUGACUUUCUGGAGCUCUUCUUAACUGACGAGCUGCUCCAACGUAUUGCGGAUCAGACCAACCUGUAUGCGACUCAGUAUUUUCAAGUACAGUCUGAGAGUCUGCCACAUAGCAGAGUUCAUGCAUGGAAACCGGUGUCAGUCCCAGAGCUCAAAACCUUCUUUGGACUCAGUUUUCUCACCAGUUAUGUCAAAAAGCCAAGCAUUGGACUGUACUGGAGUGUGGAUGAGGUAGACGCAACACCCCAUUUCAGCCAGACCAUGUCAAGGAACAGAUUUCAGAUUAUCUGGCAGUUCCUUCAUUACAACAAUAACGCAUCACAGGAUGACGCUGACAAAUUGUACAAAAUCCGUCCAGUGUUUGAAUACAUUGUGGAAAAGUUCAAGGAGAUGUAUCAACCGGGGCAAAACAUUUGCAUUGAUGAGGGUAUGAUGCUGUGGCGAGGGCGUGUAUCGUUCAGAGUGUACAACCCAAAAAAGCCUGUGAAAUAUGGAAUCAAAUCCUACAUACUUUGUGACUCUGCCACAGGGUACUGCUUCAAUAUGCAGCCUGAUGUCGGGGAAGCUCGUACUACGUCGGAGAUAGUGUUCUCUCUACUUGAUCGUCUGGCCGGUCAUGGUUAUACACUGUAUAUGGACGAUUCCUACAAUUCUGUACCACUCUGUGAGCUUUUGCUGGGAGCAGAAACCAACGUCUGUGGGACAUUGAGGAAGAAUAGGGGCGAACCUAAGGUCUUUAGGGAGAUGACAAAGUAUGAGUUGGGAGUGGGGGAAAAAGUUGUGCGACACAAUGAGAGAGUGAUGGUAGUAGCCUGGCAGGACAAACAGUUGGUGAGAAUGGUGACAACUUGCCACCAAGAUAGGAUGCAGAAGGUUAAGGUGUUGCAGAAGGGACACAAAGACGAGGGUUGUCAGUUGAAGCCACAGUGUGUUGUUGCAUACAACUCUUCCAUGCAUGGGGUGGAUAGGCUGGACCAAAACAUUGCAUACUAUCCUUUCAUUCGAAGGUCACUGAAGUGGUCCAAGAAGUUUGUAGCCUAUCUUUUUCAACUGUGCAUGUUUAAUGCCUAUGUCCUCUACAGAGCCAGAAACCCAGGGGAGUUUAAAACCCUCUUGGAGUUCAUGCGCAGUGUAGUGAAGUCAUGGACUGUAAAGCGACAUGUGGGGGUGCAGGUAAAAAUGGAAAAGAAAGUUGCAGUUGAGGAGGGUGGGGACUUGGAGGGAGGGAGACGUUCUACUAGGGCACCAUAUAAAACUGACCCAGAUAGCAGGCUAGAUGGACAGCUUGGCAAACACAGACUCGAAUACUUGAUGCCGGUCGGCAAGAAGUUAAAACCAACAAGGAGGUGUAGGGUCUGCGCACGUAGGGGCAAGCGCAGAGAUACCAGAAUGUGGUGCACCUCCUGUUGUGUCCCCUUGCAUCCAGGAGAAUGUUUCACAGAUUACCACACUAAGAUGAACUAUUUUGUGUAAGGGUGAAAAAACACAAACACUAAUUUUUUUUUUAAAAGCUGUGACAGAAUACAUAGCAGUGAUUUCCUAAAAAGUUAACACUUUUUUUGUCAAAUGUAAAAAAUUGUACAUAGUUUGUAAAUAAAUU